CUACUUUCGAAUCCUGUCCAAACGGUGAAGUGAACAGGGAAUCAAACCAUACCCUAGAAUCCGGUGGGAAAGGGUAAAAUGGCGGAAGCAGCAACAGAAGGAGCAGAGAAAGUCGAGGUUUCUCUUAAAGAUCAGGGCAACGAAUUCUUCAAAGCUGGAAACUAUCUCAAAGCCGCUGCUGUUUAUACACAGGCCUUAAAGAAAGAUCCCUCUAACCCUACCCUUUACAGCAACCGUGCUGCAGCAUUUCUACAUCUAGUGAAGCUUAACAAAGCACUUGCUGAUGCUGAGACAACAAUCACAUUGAAUCCCCAAUGGGAAAAGGGCUAUUUCAGAAAAGGAUGUGUGUUAGAGGCAAUGGAGAGAUACGACGAUGCUUUGGCUGCUUUCCAAGUCGCUUUGCAGCACAAUCCGCAGAGUACAGAGGUGUCAAAAAAAAUUAAGAAGCUUGUACAGUUGUCCAAAGACAAAAAGCGUGUUCAAGAACUGGAGCAAAUUCGGACUAACAUUGACAUGCUAAAAUACUUGGAUCCCUUGAAAUCUGAACUGUCUGAGAAAUAUGGAGCAGAAGAAUGUUGGAAAGAUAUUUUCUCUUUUAUUGUUGAUACCAUGGAGACUGCUAUAAAGUCAUGGCAUGAAACAGCAAAGGUGGAAGCAAGAGUCAAUUUCCUUCUUGACAAGGAAAAGACAGAUACUGAUAAGUAUGCUCCAAUUGUCAAUAUUGAUAAGGCAUUUGAAUCACCUCAUACGCACAGCAGUUGCUUUUCAUUUCUAAGACAGUAUGCUGAGGACUCUUUCUCCAGUGCAGCUUGUGUAGUGACACCGAAAAAUAUUAUUUCUUACCCGCAGGUCUGGAAAGGACAAGGGUCAAGGAAGUGGAAACUUGGGCAAAGUGAUGGCUUCUUUGUUCAAUUUGAGUUACCUGUUUUUCGGAAACUGUGGUUUAUUCCUAGUUCAACCGAAAAAGGGCAGACAUUUUGCAGGGAUCCUGAGGUUUUGGAUGUAAAUGCCCAUGAAGUGCUUCCUCGUUUGUUCAAAGAGACAUUUUCCAAUUCCUAAAAGCCUGUUCGUUGAUUGGGUUCCAUCGGAGAAACAGCAGGCAGCCUUAGGAUGAAUGGCUAAACCCUCAUUUGAAACGAGUGACAACACUGGGUGAUCAAGUUCUGCCAACACUCACUUUGUGGUUCCUUACUUGAUAUGCAUUGCAUGCAAGAUUGCCUUUCAGAGUCGCUAUGCAUGGAGUUGGUCAUUUUCGAACUGUGUGCGACAGUUUUUUGCAAGCUGGAAUUGAGUGAUUCUGUUACUUAGCGGGGUUUGGUUUCUUUACCGCAUGAUGAUAUCUUGUUUGAGUAGUGUUAAGAUUUUCCUUUCCUAUGUUUUCCCCCUUUGUGGGAUGUUGGGGGUGUUGUUAGGUGUUUGACCUGUGACAAGGUGGCCAACAGUAGAUCCAUUUUCUGAGCUAGGCAUGAACGAAAAUGUUAAGUUUAUUUAGUUUGUCAAUUCCUGGAGUGCUAUCUCAUGAUGUUUUAAAACAGAUUCUUGUUUUUUCUA